AAUGAAGGGCUCGACUUGCAGAUGACGGACGACAUGGAGGAGCUCCGAGAAAUGGCCGAGUUGGCCGAGCGCGCUCACAGCAACGACCUUGGUCUUGGCCACCCGGCGGCGCCGGAGCCAGUCCACGAUAACGACCCGUCUUGGAUGGCGGAGAGGAGCAAGGGGAAGGGCGGCCAAGGGAGCGCGGGCACGCGGCGGCUCGUGCUGGUGCUCCAUGGACUCGAGGGGAGCUCGACAGCGCCGCUUACCAAGCGCUUCUCAAACGUCUACACGAAGAACGGAUUUGACGUGGCGGCACUGAACUUUCGGGGGUGCAGCGGGCAGCUCAGCAAGUAUCCUGUAGGCUACCACCUUGGUUUCACCGAUGAUCUACUUCACGUGAUCGAGGAGAUCCACCGCAAGUUUCCAGGCACAUGGGACCGGAUUUACCUGAGUGGUUUCAGCCUAGGAGGGAACGUCAUCGUCAAGUUCUUGGGGGAGCAGAGCGAUCGCGCGCGGGACCUCGGCAUCUACGGCGCGGCUGUCGGCUGCGUACCGUUCGAGCCUAAGGUCGCAGCAGAGAAGCUCGAGAAAGAUCCCAUUGGAAGGUACGUGUACACACCGAUCUUCAUGGGGUGGAUGAAUAUGAAGGCCGCUGCUCACGCCAAGGCCUUCCCGGAGAAGCUCAGCCUCGAGACCGUCCAGAACGUCAAGACCUUCACCCAGUUCAACAGCCACAUCUUGUCUCCUGUCUUCGACUUCUCCUCCCCAGACGAGUUCUACGAGGACGUGAACGCGUCCAACUACCUCUCGAGAGUCAGGGUGCCGCUCAUGGUGGUCAACGCCAAAGACGACCCCUUCAUCGACGGCGACCACUUGCCGGAGCAGGAGAGGGCCGCAGGCGCCCCCGUGCGCCUCGUCUACCACACCUACGGGGGGCACUGCGGGUUUAUGUCCGGCGUGCUGUCGACGGCUCUCCAGCGCAAGACCCCCGGGCGUCCGCGCAAGUGGGGCGGCUCCCCCUGGGGGGGGAGCUGGGUUCCUUCAGCCUGGCGUGACGAUCCCGAGUCGGUUCCUGAGGCGCCGGAUGGGGAGUAUACCCCGCCGGAUGUGGGUGCCGCCGUCCUGUCCGCUUCUGGCACACCGCCUUCUAUCAACGGAGCUCCUUUGGGGACGGAAGGGGGCGGCAGUGCUUGGGACGGGCUGGGCGGUGAAGACGGGGACAGCACGCGGCAGGUUGCGGGGGGAGACGCCAUGGUGAAGGAAGGCAGGUGGCUGCCGACCGAGCUGGCGCGGUUCGUGACGCACCUCGAGCACUCCCUGCACAAGGACGGGAGAUCGGAGCGGAGAGGCGCGGGAACGUCGGCCGCCGGCCCGAGGUCCUGCGUGCGAUGA